UCGAAAUAAAGAAACACCAUAACCACCGAGGCAAUACGAUGCUCUCUUCUCUUCCUAUCUCAAUCUCUCUUCCUGUUUCUCCAAUUUCUCCGCCAUCAACUUCCCGCGCUAGAUUCCGGCCUCCUCAAGCCACCGCUACCUGCGCCAAUUCUUACGCUUCGCAACAAGAGAAAGCGUCGACGAGCGGCUAUCUGAGCCGUCCAGGGAUGGCAGCGUGCACGUUGUUGUACGAGGUUCUAGGGAUUCCCGUCAGUGCUUCGAAUCAGGAAAUCAAAGCGGCGUACCAUGGAUUGGCUAGGGUUUGUCAUCCGGACGUGGCGGCAAUUGAUCGGAAAGGUUCAUCGGCAGAUGAGUUCAUGAAGAUCCACGCGGCCUACAGUACCUUAUCGGAUCCCCAAAAACGGGCUGUUUAUGAUAGUAAGGUUUUUCGGAGAGGCCGACGGCCGUUAACUUCGGAUUCUAGGUUUUCAGGAUUUAGGGGGAGGAGCUGGGAGACCGAUCAGUGCUGGUGAACGAGUCAACUCUCUCUCUCGCUACCGAGUUGGAUGUCGGACUCAGUGAACGGUUUUUAACUCCCAAAAAUAUGUACAGUUAAUCAGUUAAGUACACAUCUCAAUGGGAAAAGAAAAGAACUAACGAGUAAAAAAAUUACGACCGGAGAGUCCAUCGGGAGAAAUCAGGGUCAUUGAUUGUGCCAUGUAAGAGCUCUGCUCUUUUUUAAUUUGGGCUCUAUGCUUUCGUUGAUG